AUGAGGAUCUUUCAGGUGGUGCUGCUACUGGUGGUACCCUUCACAGUCAGCCAUUUGUACAACUACGAAAAGUUGAAAUGUGGGAAAUGGGAUGUUAGAAACUAUUCCGAAGGGAGGAGGUGGAGAAUGCUUAGCGGGGAACACGAUGAGAAUUUCCUACCAAGUGGUAAUUCACUAGAUGGAAGAAAUGAUGAGCAUAGUGUGAAUGAACAAAUUUCACGUAUAGUCCAAAGGGAACAGGUUAAUUUUAUUGACAACGAAACUGGAGAAAGUAUGCUUGUAGAUGUGGGGCAUUUAGGUAGGAACACUUCUCAUGGUGUCACGGAACGGGAAAACUCCUCGCGGGGAAGGAAUGUCAGGGAUGUGGAUGCUGACCAAGAGACAGGAAAAAUGUUGCAGGAAGAUGGUGGAGGAGGAGCGCGAACUGCUUCGAGUUCGAUGGAGAAAAAGACAAUGGAAGGUGGCAGCGAUUGGAGGGAUCUUAUGGAACAUGGAGAAGAAGAAAAGGAGGACGACUCCAAAACAAGCAUACAAGGUAAUACAGAGGAGGGACUAAAGAGCACACUAAAUGGUACCAUGACAACCAUCAAAGGUAAAGGGCCGAACCUGCUCAGAAAUAUAAUUAGCCAAAUUAAUUACGUGCAAGCGAUUGGGGAACUGUUAAAAGUAGCCAACGAAGAGGAGAGCCACUCUUCAGGAAGAAGCAACCUUUCGAAGACAGAAAAGGAACGAGAGGAUGCUGCACUUGGUGACAUUUUGGGGGGAAAUAACCCAAAUGGAGAGAAAAAGGGGGAGCUUCCAAACGGAACUAAGAACGAUGGAAUGAUAAAAGGAUAUGCAAAUGUACUGUUAAACGAAGGGAAGAACGUCUUGAAGACAAAUGUUCAUAACUUUCUAAGCAGAGUUUUUAACCUAAUCGUUCGCGAAAAGCUAAUGACUCGCAUGUGCCAAAGGGGGGGGGAAGUCCACGGGGGUGCAGAUCAGCAUGGGGCGGACAAGUCAAAGGGUGAGGAGUGCACUAAAAGGAGAACUGGUGACUGCAGCGUAGGGAAGAAACCCGCGCCGGAUGCAUCCGCUGAUCCAAGCGGCAAGCCAACUAUUGAUUCGGAGGGAGGCCCCGUGAAUUGCAACCUCCCCAAGCUGAGCGGAACGAAAUUCUACCAAUCGGAAGACCUCUACAACUACUACAGAUCGUUGGAGGAGAUGCUAAAAAGCAGAAGCAUUAGAUGGAGAACCGACCGUGUGUCAAGAUACUUUACCUUCUACCCGAGCAAAAAAAUAGAAGACAACUUGGAAGAUGUGAUGGAGAACAAGAUAUUCAUAGAAUCCGUUAGAAGCAUCUUAUUCGAUUCACAUGUGAAAAAUGAACAAACUGUUUACACUAGUUUUGCCGUUGUUGUUGAGACGAUGUUUUCUUUGAUAAAGGAAGAAAAGGUAAUUGCCGAUAUGUAUUCUUAUGUGAACUUAUUUUUCCAAGACAUAGGCAUUCUAAACUUGAAGGUGUUGAAUUUUCUCAUAAACUCUUCGACUGAAAAUUAUAAUUUUCUGGCUCUCCCCGAUUUGUCCCUCACCAACUUUGAAUACAUUUUGGCCAAGAUAUAUUCUCGCUCCGUUUUGGCUAACAUGUUAAGCUCAAAAAUGAAUCACUCGGAUUCGAAAAGAUUGUCAAAAUUUCUGAUCAGUAGGAACAACGAUUUGAAGUUUACUUUUCUGGAGAAGGAGAAGAUCGGGAGCUCCGUUAUUCCCAGUGAAGGCGUUUCAGCCAUGGUCUUAAGAAAUGUCGGGGGUGAAGUGAAUGUCCCCAUCCCGGUGGCGGAUGACACGUUGUGUAAAUUUAUUCCCAUUAGGAAGAAACUACUGUACGAAAAACUAAGCCUCACGAGGAAAGUCGCCGAAGAAGUAAUCCUGGACUACCUGUUCCGAUUACUCCUCAGGAAGGUGCAUGAAUAUGUGAUGGAGUGA